UUGCAGCGGUCGCACUGCAGUCCUUGCAGUGGUUGCUGGGCGACAGCAGUGGAGAGAAGGGGUGUCUUGAGUACGGAAGGACCUGGGUUGGUCCUGGAGGGGAAGAUAGCCCAUGCCUGAAGGAAGUGCUGGGCCCCGCAAGAAGGGGUGUGAUCUGAAGCGAUCCAACGGCUCUCCCUUCUGCUGGGCCCAUGGCUGGGGCGGAAUCCCCCGGUCGAGCAGUGGGCUCGGCCUGGACCUGGAGGCCAGUGGCGCGGGAUGCGCUUCUGGCUCGUGCCUUCCAUUCAUGCACCGAACUGCGGGGACGGUUCUAUCUGGUAGGGGGUCUCUUAGAAGGUGGUGCAAGGGUGCCCAGCAGUGAUACUGUGAUCUUUGACCCAGCUGGGGGACAAGCGGUACGACUGCCAGCCCGGGGUAGUCCCCUUCGCAGUCACCAUGAUGCGGCACUGGUGGGAGGACGUUGGCUAUGUGUGGUGGGGGGCUGGGACGGGUCACGUCGCUUAGCCACGGUGGCCGCUCUGGACACGGAGAGUGGAGUGUGGGAGAUAUGGACUGCGAACCCUGGCAACAGCCCUCCUGCUGGCCUCAGCAGUCACACUUGCACUCGCCUAUCAGACCGAGAGCUGCGAGUGUCCGGCAGAGAGGGUGGUACCCGCACUCAGCGACGCUAUGGAAGCAUCUACACGUUAAAGUUGGACCACAGCACCCGCACUUAUUGCUACAAGGAAGAAGGCUGUCACACUGUCUCACGGUCUGGUCACUGUGCUGCUCUGCUGCCCACUGCUGGACCCCACCCGGGUCAUCAGCUAUUGCUCUUUGGGGGCUGCAACUCCGUUGAACCAGAAGUAGCAGGGCAAUGGAGCCACGGGAAAAUUAAGGAGGAACCACCUGUUGCUCCUCGUUUGAUGGAACAGCUUGCAAGGCUUGUGAGCAGUGGGCAGGGGUUGCAGCAGGGACCCCAGAGCCUGCGGCACCAUUCCUGUUCAGUGGUGGGACCUUUCGCUGUACUCUUUGGUGGGGAAACUCUGACCAGAGCUAGGGACACGAUCUGCAAUGACCUCUACAUCUACGAUACCCGCAAGUCUCCGCCUCUGUGGUUCCACUUCCCCUGCGCAGACCGUGGACUGAAGCGCGUGGGCCAUCGCACUUGCCUUUGGAAUGACCAGCUUUAUUUGGUUGGGGGUUUUGGUGAGGACGGCAGGACAGCAAGCCCACAGGUUUGCAUCCUGGAACUCUUCGUCUAAAGAGCAGCCCAAAGGCAAAUGGCCAGAGCCUGUGUCAUGGCAGACACACAACACUAUCAUCAGAGCUAUUGCCCACUUCAAAUACUUAUUAAACUUCAAUCCGAGAAUCAA